UUCCGUUUAAUCCGAGCGGCGAGUUUCUUCGCAUCGAUCCAUCUUUGCAGGGCUCGGUGCUUGCCUGUGGUGUUUGGACGAGGAGGGUGCAGCACUCCCCCCCCGCGUCGCCCGCGGUUAUCUCCCUUCUCCCGCGAACGGUGCUUACUCGCGUGGUUUUUACGAAUCUCUCUGCUCCUCCAGCUUCGUGGGCCACGUUUUCCGCGACGGUGGUUACCAGGUGCAGUUUGCCGCUUUGCAUUGCUGCCGCGGGGACAAGGUCCACAUACACCUCUCGCCACUACCACCGUCUGUGCAUCCUCACCGCCACGCUGAGCCAGCGCGGCGGUGAGUUGCACCUUGGGACACCACCCACCUACUAUCUGUUGUGGCCUGGUUCGCCCGCGAGGGACUCACAAGGUCGAUUUCGGCCCCGGCCGGGGAGCAGGCCGGGGAGGGGAGGAGACGGAGGAGGGUGCCUUGCCGUCGGCCUACGGACCAGGAUGGUUGCGGAGGGCGAGCUUGUGCUGCUCGUCACGCUCACCAGGCACGGAAGCCGCGUGUCUGUGUGCCAACAGAAACACCAAAAUCUCUGUAUUGACCGCAUCAGAGCUUCGGAUGUGCCGCAGGUGCUCGGCAAGGGCAACUGCUUCGACGACGUCGAGCAGCUGUCGAAGAUGAGCAAGUCGAUGGCACAACCUACGUUCCACAAGUUCUGCCGUCACUUUGCGGCGGAGAUGUUCGACGAGCACAUCUACCUCCCGACCGGGACAUACCUGGACGAAGUUAUGGGAAUCUUUCACCAACUAGGGUGGACGGGAGCGUGUGGGUCCACGGAUGUCACCCACAUUGGCUGGAACAUGUGCCCCUUCACCCUUGGCCGUUCUUUCACGGGCAAGGAGGGGUUUCCAACCAUCGCCUACGAUGUUACGGUCGACCACGAUGGACGCGAUUUAGCGGUUACCAACGGCUUCACCGGUGCGACGAAUGACAAGACGAUCAUCCGGUACGACUCGGGAGUCAACAAGAUCAGAACAGCGAGCCAGUACACGGAACGGGAGUACAAACUUCGCAAGGCGAACGGCACCAAGCGAAUGCGCCGCGGAUGCUUCUUGAUCGUGGACAACGGGUACCACGAGUGGGUAACCCUCAUCGCCCCGUCCAAGUACCCGCAGCGCAACGAGGAUACAGCCUUCUCAAGGGAUCUUGAGAGUGUGCGAAAGGAUGUGGGGUGCUUCAGAAUCCUCAAGCUCCGCAUGCCAUACCAUAAACGAGAGUACGUCGACAACAUAUUCUUCACAUGCUGCAUCCUGCACAACAUGCUCCACACGUUCGACGGCCUGGACGUAUUCGAGGAAAACACGGACUGGACAGGCAGCGCCGGGCACCACGACGCCUGGGAGCAUGACCCGCUCACAGACUACACUUCUGUUGGGUCGAAGGGAGUGCUGCUGCCACCGAAGGAGGGGGAGAAGGCAGAGUGUGGGGAGGGGGGGCACGUGAGAAAGGAGCGGCACCCGGACCAUGCAGAGUUGAAGAGACAGCUAAUCGAGAGUUUUGCUUUUCGUAAGAAGAUCAACGACAUCACCUGGUUGUCGCGUCCCAAGUAAAGAGUUUAUGCAUGUGUUCGAAUUUGCCUUCAUCCCGACUCAGUGUCGUGGGGUUGUACGGUUGAACCGGAUGCGCAGAGCACAAACCAUGCAACCCCAUGGUGAUUGAAAGGUUGUUUUGUACGGAUAGGUCUAACGUUGUAGGUUACAUUUGGACACGACGUCGGCGGCGUUUUUCGUCUCUGUUUUUUGGGGCCUUUCGGGUAGGUAGUCGCUAAAAAAUAUAUAUCGAGGGAGCCAAGCAAGGCAUCGUCGCAGUUAAUGGCUGUUCAGGGCAUUUUUUGUUUCUUCUGUAACGGCACAAACCCCUUCGACGUUUUUGGCGCUAGAAGAGUCGUUCGCCUCACCAACGCUCGACAAAGUAUUCCUACCGUUGAUGCUUGGCCGAGCGGCGUUACAGCUAGAAAACAUUUCGAAACAUGUCUUGUUGCACUCACGCAGACACUGUUUGAAUUAGUACAGAUUUUUCACGCAUCCAGGCUCUUACCUAAAAAGGAAGCUCCCCCCCCUCCCCCCCCCCCGAAACUUGCACCAAGCUCACAUGGACGCUGUUGAAUUGGUCGAGAUUUUCACGCACCCGGGUUGUUGGUGACAAAUCCCCCCCCCCGCGCGAUGUUGGACCCUUCAUAUCCCUGCGUCAUGUCACGGCUAAACGACGAGGAAUCACGGCGAAAAGCACGAGAAAAACAGCCAGACAAAGUUAUAGCCACACAGACUCAGUUGCCUCCAACCCUGAUGUCGCCUGCCUCGGCGCCCGAUGCUCUCGCAACUGCCGUGGCAUCACCCGUUGCUGCUGCAUGGGCGAGCCCUACGUUGCCGCUGAAACCGGGCAAGCCCAAACCUCCAACGCCCGUUCCACCGCCGACCGAAGCGAUUGCAGCACCCGCUUCAGCAUCGCCAAUCACACUCGAAGGGGGGGCUGCGGCACAUGCGAGGUCAACGGGGGGAAGCGGCUCGACAGCUGCACAGGGCGGGAUAUCAUACAGACAUUCAAGAUCGGCCUCAAGCGCAAGAUAAUCCUCUGUCCCUUCCUUGCCCCGCUUCUCCCACAACUGAGCUUCCUCUCCUUCCCGUCUAUCGUCCGCAUGUGACGCUGACCCGCCGCCUCCUCCUCGUCGAGACGCCCUUUGGCCACGACCGCCUUGGUGAGCACCGCCACGCUCGCACAAAGCUCUCUUGCGGACUUGGAUUCCGGUUGGGGGGCUGUUUCGUUCUCCACCAACUUGCGUGUCCAGUCCUGCAUUUCCUUCUCCUUCUUCGCCUUCGAAUUCUGAGCAUGCACCUCUUUUUUUAAUUUUUCCCGGCUGGCGAAACCACCGAUGCCCCCGGCCCCAUCCAUCGUCUGAAGACCGCGCUUACCCAAGGGGCCGUUGCUGGUGUCGCUUGUCUCCUCGUCCGACGUCCUAGAGGGAGUCGGCGACGCAGAGUGGGCGCGACGCCCCUGCUUCCCGGGGCCGGUAGACAUGGCCACCUUGAGGUCAAUGUCCUCAUGCUUGCCCGCGGGACGGCAAAACAACGCGAAGACAAGGCUGUAACUGUGAACCUAUCCUGAUGGCCUCGUUAACUUAUCGUCGUCUUCGGCGUCCUCCGGUGCUUCCCCCCCCUCUCCCCGCUUCUCCUGCUUAAUGCUGGGGUGUUUUUCAGCCGCCAUGGUCAACGCCGCUCGUUUCACCAUCUAAUUGGGGCGAUCAGCCGAAUCCGUCGCGGUUUCAUACCCCAAGGCAACAAUCUUCGCUUCUAGCUCUGCUGCUCGAGUGUCUGGCGCCGGCGUCGACGCUACCUCGCCGUUGGCCCUUUGCUCAGCUUCCCACGCGGCCGUCUGGGAGGCCACCCACCUCACCGCGGCCGCGGACUCGACCGUAGUCGACGCGGCCGCGGACUCGACCGGAGAACCCCCUUCUUCGUCAUCUUUCGCCU